AUGGCGCGUCUGCUGCGCGGGGUUUGCGCGCUGGGCGCCCGAAGGAUGGCGCCGGGAUCCGAGCUGCGCCGCGGCCGGGGUUUCUCCUCCGGCGGUUGGCGGCCGUUGGCGCUGGCCUGGGCUGCUGGCGCGGCGGCGGCGGCGGCGGGGCUGGCCGGGCUGGGGCUGGCCCGGCGGGCGGAGAUGGCGCGCCGGCAGCCCCGGGAGGAGGCGGGCGGCGGCGGCGGCGGGGAGGACGAGCUGGCGCGCCGCUUCGAGUGCUUCAUGGCCCCGCCGGUGAGCGGGAUGCGCGAGCUGCGGAGCCGGCGCGGGGAGAUGCGCAGCCGCGUGGAGAUGGUCGUCAUGGAGACGCAGGGCCAGGUGUGCCGCGCCUUGGCCCAGCUCGACCGCGGCGCCUCCUUCACCGUCGACCGCUGGGAGAGGAAGGAAGGUGGUGGAGGCAUCAGCUGCGUUCUUCAGAAUGGUGAAAUCUUUGAGAAAGCUGGAGUCAACGUAUCUGUAGUGUUUGGCCACCUUUCUGAAGAAGCCGCACAACAGAUGAGAAGCAGGGGGAAAACACUGAAGGCCAAGGAUGGAAAACUGCCUUUUUGUGCCAUGGGGGUAAGCUCCGUUAUUCACCCAAAGAAUCCUUAUGUUCCCACUAUACACUUCAACUACAGAUACUUUGAAAUUGAGGAGGCGGAUGGUUCAAAACAGUGGUGGUUUGGUGGUGGAACAGACCUUACUCCGACUUACUUGAAUGAAGAAGAUGCUGUUCAUUUUCAUAAAACCCUGAAGGAAGCCUGUGAUCAGCACAAUCCGGAAUUCUACCCUAAAUUUAAGAAAUGGUGCGACGACUACUUCUACAUCAAGCACCGCGGGGAACGAAGAGGGAUCGGGGGCAUAUUUUUUGACGAUCUGGACUGGCCCUCGCAAGAGGAAGCCUUUCAGUUUGUUCAGAGCUGUGCCAAAGCCGUCGUGCCUUGCUAUGCUCCCAUCGUCAAGAAGCACUGUCACGACCCAUUCACUCCAGAGGAGAAAUUGUGGCAACAGAUUCGUAGAGGGAGGUAUGUCGAAUUCAAUCUGGUGUAUGACAGAGGUACAAAAUUUGGUCUUGCAACACCGGGAUCUAGGAUUGAAAGUAUACUUAUGUCGCUGCCACUCACUGCCAGGUGGGAAUAUAUGCACUCGCCUCCAGAGAAUUCCAGGGAAGCAGAAAUUGUAGAAGUUUUGCGUCAGCCCAAAGACUGGGUGCACUGACCAGCUGCCUGGGCUGUGUGUGGUCAACCAUGAAAAAGG